AUGGGACUGAUCGAAACGCGACCUCAAGAUAACGAGAACCGCGCUGAGUGCAAAUCGUUGUCGAUCGUCAUCGACGUAGACAGCAACGACGACAAUGGCCGACGACAACGACACAUCUGUUUGCCGCCGCAUGCCACAACACGAUGCACUGCAGCGGUAUCACGACGGACGGUCACCUUGGGUGACAGCAGUUGCGAAGAAGGCAAUAUAACCACUUUGUCAUACUGUCGACAUGGCCUGAAAGAUGGACAAUGA